GCGCGCCGACCCUUCCACCUUGUCACAGGCGCCGGUGAACCCAUCAUGUGGUAUCUGCCGGACACAGUGCCGGCGGAAACGCAGACAUCUGUAUUCCGAGACUUGGCGCCAAUUGCUCCGGCGCUCAGGAACAGCAUCGUGCAGGGUAGUCUUGAUGAUUGGCGGUGCUCCAGUUACCUAUUCAAGGAGGACACCGGCGGCCUUCGGGCAGCUCCUGGUUGCAUCAAUGUAUCGCCCGCAUGGUUUGCACAAGGUCACAAUGCUUCGCAAAACCUUCGCGAAGGGCCAUCGCAAGCAGCGUUACGCGAAUGGGUGUCGGCGUCGGCGCACCCAAUGGCGAUUCCCUCAGCAAUACUGGCAAUAAUUCAUCCUGACCAAUAUAGGCAAGGACUGCGAUGCAUGCGCCGACUGCGCCGCCGCACAAUCCUUGAACCAUUUGUCGACAGUUGGGCGUCGGCGUUCAAUGCCAUGACUGUCAUCUCAAAUCGCGAGACGUUAUAUCACCGUGACGGCGGCGGUUACUUUCAAUGGUAUGAUAUACUCGGAACCUAUGGGCAGUAUUCGCGAGGACUGCUGUCAUUCCCCGCCCUAGGAAUUGACCUUGACUACCGUCCGGGAACCAUUGUUGCAUUUGCUGGCAAUGUGCUCCGCCAUGGAGUGCCCCACCCCGAUGGUGAACGGGUUUGCUUGGCGCAUUAUAUGCGAAAGAACCUACAUGAGUAUGUUCAUACAGGGCAUGCUCAGUGGGGUGUUUGUUUGUAA